UACCGUGGCGCGAAUUUGGGACUGCAGCGGCGCGCUGAGCGGAGCUGAGGGUGUUGCCGGGCCAGUGGCGCGCGGGAUCCGCGCGAGGGGUUUUAUGUGUUUGGAUCUCUGCUCAACCAAUAUCCACACCAGCUAUUUGGAUUUCUGUUUCAAGAACAGCUGACAGGAGAAGAGAAGAAUUGGACAGGAAGAGAGAAUUCUGACACCAACAUGCAGCGAAGUAUCAUGUCAUUUUUCCACCCCAAGAAAGAGGGUAAAGCGAAGAAGCCUGAGAAGGAGGCAUCCAACAGCAGCAGAGAGACGGAGCCCCCUCCAAAAGCAGCGCUGAAGGAGUGGAAUGGAGUGGUCCCCGAUAACGACUCUCCAGUGAAGAGGCCGGGGAGGAAGACGACCCAGGUCUUGGGCAGCGAAGGGGAGGAGGACGACGAAGCCCUGACUCCCCCCAAAGGAAAGAAACCUGCCCCAGACUGCCUGAAAGUCUCCCCUCCUGGUCCUGCCACAUCUCCUGAGAACAGCACUUCCCUCUCUGACUCCUCUCCCAUGGGCAUCUCCCCACUGGGGAUCCUGAAGCGCCGCACAGCUCGGAAGCAACUCCCAAAACGUACAAUUCAGGACGUCCUGGAAGAGCAGAGUGAGGACAAGGACCGAGAAGCCAAGAGGAGGAAGGAGGAGGAAGGUGAGGCACCAGCAGAAGCAGAGACCCCAAAAGAAAGCCUAACAAAGGCUGAAGUGGCAACAAAGAAAGAAGCAGAAGAGGGGGACCAGCCCACGACACCUCCCAAUUCCGUAGAGACCUCCAAAGCAGAGAAGCCGAAGGAAAGCGGUUCAGAACCCGAGGUGCCCGUGAAGCAGGAAGCACCGGAGGACGAGACUAAGCCUACCCCCAGAGCCCCCAGGACACUCAGCAGCUUCUUCACACCCCGGAAGCCAGCAGUCAAAAAAGAAGUGAAAGAAGAGGGGCCGGACACUCCAGGGAAGGAGAACAGCAAGGGACCCCUGGACCCAACCAGCUACAAUCCUGCCAAGAACAACUACCAUCCCGUCGAAGAUGCCUGCUGGAAACCAGGCCAGAAGGUCCCUUAUCUGGCCGUGGCCCGAACAUUUGAGAAGAUCGAGGAGGUUUCUGCUCGGCUCCGGAUGGUGGAGACACUGAGCAACUUGCUGCGCUCCGUGGUGGCCCUGUCACCCCCAGACCUCCUCCCUGUCCUCUACCUCAGCCUCAACAGCCUUGGGCCACCCCAGCAGGGCCUGGAGCUUGGCGUUGGUGACGGCGUCCUUCUCAAGGCAGUGGCCCAGGCCACAGGUCGGCAGCUGGAGUCGGUCCGGGCUGAGGCGGCCGAGAAGGGCGACGUGGGGCUGGUGGCCGAGAACAGUCGCAGCACCCAGAGGCUCAUGUUGCCGCCACCCCCACUCACUGCCUCGGGGGUCUUCACCAAGUUCCUCGACAUCGCCAGGCUCACGGGCAGUGCUUCCACAGCCAAGAAGAUGGACAUCAUCAAAGGCCUCUUCGUUGCCUGCCGCCACUCGGAAGCCCGAUUCAUCGCCAGGUCCCUGAGUGGACGGCUGCGCCUGGGGCUGGCAGAGCAGUCAGUGCUGGCCGCCCUCGCCCAGGCUGUGAGCCUCACACCCCCCGGCCAAGGUUUCCCCCCAGCCGUGGUGGAUGCAGGAAAGGGCAAGACAGCAGAGGCCAGGAAGACGUGGCUGGAGGAGCAGGGCAUGACCCUGAAGCAGACAUUCUGUGAGGUGCCUGACCUGGACCAAAUUGUCCCCGUGCUGCUGGAGCAUGGCCUGGAACGUCUCCCGGAGCACUGCAGGCUGAGCCCAGGCAUCCCGCUGAAACCAAUGUUGGCCCAUCCCACUCGCGGUGUCAGCGAGGUCCUGAAACGCUUCGAGGAGGCAGCUUUCACCUGCGAGUACAAAUACGAUGGGCAGAGGGCACAGAUCCAUGUUCUAGAAGGCGGGGAGGUGAAGAUUUUCAGCAGGAAUCAGGAAGAUAACACCGGGAAGUACCCGGACAUCAUCAGCCGCAUCCCCAAGAUUAAACUCCCGUCUGUCACAUCCUUCAUCCUGGACACUGAAGCCGUGGCUUGGGACCGGGAAAAGAAGCAGAUUCAGCCAUUCCAAGUUCUCACCACUCGCAAACGCAAGGAGGUGGACGCGUCUGAGAUCCAGGUGCAAGUGUGUUUGUACGCCUUUGACCUCAUCUACCUCAACGGAGAGUCCCUGGUACGUGAGCCCCUUUCCCGACGCCGGCAGCUGCUCCGGGAGAACUUCGUGGAGACUGAGGGUGAGUUUGUCUUCGCUACCUCCCUGGACACCAAGGACAUUGACCAGAUCGCCGAGUUUCUGGAGCAGUCCGUGAAAGACUCCUGCGAGGGGCUGAUGGUGAAGACCCUGGAUGUCGAUGCCACCUAUGAGAUCGCCAAGAGAUCGCACAACUGGCUCAAGCUAAAGAAGGACUACCUCGACGGCGUGGGUGACACCCUGGACCUUGUGGUGAUCGGCGCCUACCUGGGCCGGGGAAAGCGGGCCGGCCGAUACGGGGGCUUCCUGCUGGCCUCCUACGACAAGGACAGUGAGGAGCUGCAGGCGAUAUGCAAGCUCGGAACUGGCUUCAGCGACGAGGAGCUGGAGGAGCAUCACCAGCAGCUCCAGGCCCUGGUGCUGCCCGCGCCCCGCUCCUACGUGCGCAUAGAUGGCGCCGUGGCUCCCGACCACUGGCUGGACCCCAGCACCGUGUGGGAGGUGAAGUGCGCAGAUCUCUCCCUCUCCCCCAUCUACCCUGCUGCCCGGGGCCUGGUGGACAGUGAGAAAGGGAUCUCCCUUCGCUUCCCUCGGUUUAUUCGAGUCCGGGAAGACAAGCAGCCCGAGGAGGCCACCAGCAGUGCCCAGGUGGCCUAUCUGUACCGGAAGCAGAGUCAGAUUCAGAACCAGCAGGGCGAGGACUCAGACUCUAACCUUGAAGAUAUGUACUAAGCCCCUGCCCGCCAGGGCCCGGGGCACGGGGCAAGAGGUGGAGGGAACCCAGGGCUAUUGCCUCUGCUUUUCAGCAAAUCUGGUGUUGCAGUCUGUGGUUUUUGAGCGUCAGUGGGGUGUGCGUGUUAUGUGUGAGGGGGUGGUUUACGCCGGGGUCUGGGAUUCAUCUGGUCAUUUCUUUCAAUAAAUAAUUAUC